AUGUUGCGUGGACCGGCAACUUUUUUCCAAGUGUCUGUUUCGCAAACCCGUCCGAUCAAGCACCAGAGCCUCAGCGAGGCUCACGAGGUGGUCAACACGUCUGACUCUCACCCCAGGCUUUACUUCCUUGUCCCACCCGACGUUUAUCCGGCCUUCAAAUCCCAGCAGUAUCAUGCCGAAGACGGGAAACUGUUCGAGGGACCCCUUGGCAAAGUCGGCUGUGUACAGCAGUGGGCUUUGAUGAUUCCGAUGCCAGGCGAGCAGAUGGCCGGAGGACCUGACGAGGAACAGCAUGCUGCAAAAAAAAAACGGAAGCCUCAUUGA